UAUUUGAAAUAAUGUUUAUCAUGUUUUUAAUAUUUAUUAAGAAAAAAUCAAAUUAUGUUCUAAAUUUUAUCAAUACUUAAUAACCUCAUAUUAUGUUGUGGUUUUAGUGAUAUUUUAAGAAACUAACAAUUGAAUUAAAUGAGAAAAUAAGAAAAAUAAGAAAACAAAAAAUUUUAUUGGAAUAAAUAAAAUAUAUUCUUCUUUUUUAUAUAUAUAUGUGUGAAUAUAUUUACAUAUAUAUAUACAUAUUUACCUUUGACAAGUGAACUUUAUUGUUGCUGUGAUCCCAGGCUUUAAAAUACGGGGUUAGAUCAUCUCUGCAGGUCCCGUUCUUGAGAAGAAUUUGAUUUUACACAUUCGUUUUGGUUUACGGACGCUUCGGCGUGCACAUUACAUCAUGAAAGUUAUCGUGAAGAAGCUUCAAGGAAAAGAAUGCGUUGUUGACAUUACACCUUCGGAUACAGUUCUUCAGUUAAAGCACAAAGUCAGCGAUCUUUUGGGUAUAGAUGUUCCACAUCAGAGACUGUUGCUUACGGGCAAGGCAUUAGCUGAUGAAAAUCCACUAAGUUUUUAUCCAGGAAUCAAAGAUGGAAGCAAGUUAAAUCUUUUGGUUAUUAAAAAGACAGAGGAAGGAUCUAGUGAGGGAAAGGCUUCACAUAGCAAGUCUGGCAUGUAUCUCUUACGAGAUGAAAUUUCUAGAGUUCUGAGGCAUUAUUAUACAGAAUCAGAAACAGAGUCAAUAAUCAAUGAAUUGAUAAAAGACCUAAAGAAUAAAGUGAAUAAUCUUAGUUAUGAUGACUUAGAAAGAUUAGCAACUGCACUUCUUCAGGACCAAGAGAAUAUAGCUUAAGAAUAAACUUCGGUUUUUCAAUUUCUCACUUAUUAUUUGAUUAUUGUAAUACACUUUUAUUUAAUUAAAAAAUGUUGCCUCAUUGUACCCUAAUAACCAGUAGUAUAUUUUAAGUAAAGGGAAAGGUGUGCAAAAAAACAAUACAAAUGUAUUAAAAGGUCGAUUUUAUUAAAUCAUACACAAAGUAAAUAAUUUAAAUUGCACUUCAAUAAAAAUUAGAUGGUUUUAAGGAUCGGCCAAAUCCAAUUGACGGAAAUAUCUCGCAACUAGACAUAUAAAUAAAUUCAGUGCUCCUAUUUCAUGUAUUUCCAGUUUCUUCUAAAAAAAUAAACGAAAAAAAAGAAUAAAAAAGUAGACACAAUUAAAAUUCACAAGAAAUGACCCAACUUCGGAUUAUUGAUUUUUACGAAAUUUUUAGAACAAGUUAUUUUUCGUUUUGCAUUUGUUGAUAACAUUAGAAAAAUAAAAUAGAAAAAUAAAUAAUUUUUUAUUUAAAUUUAUUAAUAAGUGCAAAAUAUAAAGUAGUUUGUUGAAAAUUUAAAUUCAAAAUCAAAUUAUUAAUUUUUAUGAAUAAAUUUAUUUAAUGCAUAUGGAAAUUUAAUUUAAAUCAGAAUUCCGAAGUUGGAAUCUUCUGCUUGUUAAAUGGUGAAUUAAU